AUGUUGCUGAACUCGUGUAAGCUGCCGGAAACGCCUGUGGUGUCCCCGAGGAUCUCCAGGAAUGGUUCUGGGCUCGAUAUCGACCCAAUGAGUCCGGUUUCGGAUCCGAUGACGAUGUCGCUGCCCACGAAAAGUGACGCCGGUGACGCUAUGGACGACAUGGUGGCCAUUGGCAAGGACUACGUGAAGCUCUCGACCAAGCCUUUGUAUGAAGGUGCUUGUGGCGUGCUUUACAAGGCCACGGAUGCAAAAAAAGUGGGCACUUUUGUCAUCAAAUAUCUCAAGCGACCGGAGUCUGAAAAUCUCCAAACUUACCAUGACCAGGUGUUACGAGAGUACUUCAAUAUGAAACGUGGACACCACAAGAACGUGUGUGUGGCGGUGGCGUUGGCACAGGACCCGAAUGAUGGCACUUUGGCUAUCGUAUUACCGUACUUUGCCCAGGGCGAUCUUUUGGGAUUUCUCUCCGAAGUUCGCCGAAACAAAAACGAUAUUCCAGGAAACCUCCGAGACGCCAUAUUCAAGCAGAUUGUUCGCGGCACCGCAUUUCUUCAUUCGAAAAAUAUUGUUCAUCGAGAUUUGAAGCCGGAAAAUUGUCUCAUCGACGAUGAAGGAUGCAUCAAAAUCUCCGAUUUCGGUUACUCGCUCGAUCUAAAUUCCGACCCCGAGGAGCUCUGGAACCUGGUUCUCGCAACCCGACAGUCCGUAUGCUGUGGAACCAACUCUUUCAAAGCACCAGAACUCUUCAAAUUCGAAGCCGCAUUGGAUUCUGCCGACUGCGAGAAAGAUACCAUGUUGGAGAUUCGAACGAAUAUUAACUUCAAAUCACUCGAUUGCUGGUCGCUAGGCAUUUUCUACUUUAACAUCUCCAUUAUGACAGUUCCAUGGACCAAUGCCACCACCGACAACAAAAAUUACGUCAAGUACGCGGAACUAUACCCUAUGAACCAACGACAUUUGGUUGACGUUGCCCAGCAAAUGGACGAUAAAACUUUCAGUACCAAGCCCAAUCCUGCUUUGGGGGUGUUUCGCAAGCUUCAUUACGAUGCCAGAGUGGAACUUCUUAAACUUCUUCACCCAGACAAUAACAAACGUCUAGGGUGCAAUGAGUUGUUGAAGUCUCAGUGGUUGACACAAGUGUGGGCCAAGCCCGGAGACUUGCUACGAGUUAACGAACGAAGGUACAGUUGA